CUCGCUUGACUGGCCGAGGGAGCAGCGAUCCCGGCGGCUCGGCUGCAGCGUCGUCCCAGCCGGGUGGCAAAGAGAGGAUGCGGAGUCCCGCGGCCGCCCACAGCGCCGCAGCGCCCGGCUCUGCAGCUGAAGCGCCCCGGCCACGCGGACCAGGUGGCUGCGCCGGGUUCCGCUAGGGACAGGCAGGGAUGAGUAGAGUCUCCUGAAUGUGUCCUUUGCUCGGUCUAGCUCUUUCCUUGCUCGCCCUGCCCUGCGCCUUCGGCGAUGACACGGUGGCCGACGACAUCGGGACCCACAUGAUGGCUCGCAUCUCGGAGCUCCUGUCCCCGGAGGAAUGCCAGGCCUUCCACCUCAAACUCCUGGGCCCCGAGGAGAACGUGAAAGACGAGCUGGAGCGCCUCUCCGAGAAGAACAACCUCAUCGGCGGUGGGAGGCGAAGGCGAAAGCGAAGGCGGCGGGACAACAUCAUCAUCACCACCUCCGCUCAGUGCGAAGAGAGCCUGCAGCAGUGGCUGGAGACGGAGGGCGACACCAUGUACUGGGAUCGCUUGUCCCGGGCUCUCCAGCUCAUCGGCCGGGCCGACGUCUCCCUAGAGCUGGGCAAGAACCUCAACCAGGACAAGAACCUGGAGAUCAAGAAGAACGUGGAGGAAUAUCACGAGACGGUCAAGCACCUGACCUCCUCGCUGCUCCUGGACGAGGGGCCGGAAAGGAGCGCGCAAGGCCGGCAGCGGCGCCACGGUCGGGGCUCCGCGCAGACGCAGACGCAGACGCCGCCCGAGCAAGGGGAAUGGGACGGGCUGGAGCUGAUCGUGGAGCGGAAAGCGUUGCCGCCUUACAACCGGAGCCUCUUCGAAUGGGCCACGCCUCUGGCGACGGGCGUCGUGGGCGGCUUUGUGACCUCUUUCAUCCUGGUGGCGCUGGCGCUCUACUCUUUCGUCUGGAUCCUGCACGAAGGCAGCGCCGGCUCCGCGCCGCUUCCUGGCGACCGCUUCUCAGCCCUGAUCUUACGCCCGCCUCCCACCAGCCGCGGGGGCAUCUACUACUCGUUUCAGCACCUCGAAAGCUACGACGGGGAGGCCCCGGACGAUGCAGACGAAGCCGAAGAGACCUGACGUUAAGCCUCAGCCGGGCAAAGAGUUCUGAAAGGGUUGGGAGACAAUAAAGGCGGCUCGUUUA